AUGGGCAAUUUCUUUAGUUCCAUGUUUGAUCGACUUUGGGGGGUGAAUAAAGAGCUACGAAUUCUGAUCCUCGGACUGGAUGGUGCUGGUAAAACUACCAUCUUGUACAGGUUGCAAAUCGGGGAAGUAGUAACGACAAAGCCAACAAUCGGUUUUAACGUGGAAACCCUCACGUAUAAGAACCUGAAGUUGAAUGUAUGGGAUCUAGGUGGGCAGACUAGCAUCAGACCGUACUGGAGGUGCUACUAUGCCGACACGGCGGCGGUAAUAUUUGUCGUGGACUCUACCGAUAAAGAUCGUAUGUCUACAGCUUCAAAAGAAUUGCAUCUCAUGCUACAGGAGGAAGAACUGCAGGACGCCGCGCUGCUUGUUUUUGCAAACAAACAGGAUCAGCCAGGCGCGCUAAGUGCUAGUGAGGUAUCCAAGGAAUUGAAUCUGGUGGAACUGAAAGAUAGAAGCUGGUCGAUUGUAGCCUCCAGUGCCAUCAAAGGUGAGGGUAUCACCGAGGGACUCGACUGGCUAAUAGAUGUGAUAAAGGAGGAGCAACUUUGA